AUGAUACAUGCAAACUCUCAACAGACGCCCUCGUCUCGUCCAGCUCGUCGACGGAAUCCCCGCGCCAUCAAUUCAUGUCUCGAGUGUCGUGAGCGAAAGUCGAAAUGUAGUAAGACUUAUCCUUGCGAAAGCUGCGUGGCAUACGGACGAGACUGUGUCUUCAUCAAGGACACCGUCGAGACCGAGCACCGCAAGAGGACACACUCGCAUGCCACGAGCCCCAUCUCCCAUGGCUCGAAUGGCAACCAUGGCAAGAACAGAGAUUCCGACCAAGAAGCCACUCCUCCACGAGACUUCGAAUGGGAAUCCUACCAGCAAGAUGUCGUGCCGGAUCGAGACCUGUACGAAAGUCUCGAUACACACACACGUGAGGACACGCCGCAGGAUGAGCGCGACGACGGAGAAUCCAUGCUAGAUAUGGUCUUCAAGUAUGGCAAGCUGGUAGUCACGCAGAGGAUAGAUGGCGUAUCACUCGCCCAUUACGCAAAAGAUGUAACGUCUGCCCUCCUCAGUUCUGAAUCAAUUGGAUUGCCUGACUCUUGGAUGGACCCUUCUGUACCGAACACUGUGACUCCUGCCUCACAUGUCCCCUUUUAUGCCAGCCUGGACUCGUCCAAUGGAUCGCGAUUGCUGGACGGUUCGAGCUAUGGUGCCAUGUCUUCGCGGCCAACGAAAGGUCUGAACCUGUCCAGAGCUCAUGCCCAAGUUCUGUAUGACCAGUAUGUGCAGGCCGUGAAUCCUGUUGCACAUGUGCUUCAUAUGCCGAGCUUCAAACGCAUGUUUGACGAGUUUUGGUCAAACCAAUCCACAGGAAGGCAUAAUUCAGAAUCCAGCUCUGCGUUGAUAUGGGCCGUGUGUAUGUCCGCAGGCAUGAGCAUGCCUUCGAUGCAAGUCAUGCUCCACUUCCAAACAUCACUCGAUGACCUAGUAAGGUCUCUACAAGACGCCACGGAAAACGCUCUUAGACAGGCGAAUUGCCUUGCUACCUCUAGCAUCACGACUCUACAAGCACUCACUAUAUAUCUGAUCGCACAAUGCCGUUCCGAAGUCCUCCGCUCUCACUCCGCUCUUGUCGGCGCUCUCAUCCGCCUUGCCCAGGGCAUCGGCAUCCAUCACAACGCCUCUGCAUCAUCCCUGAACCAGCUGCACCGACACACGCGGUCGCUCCUAUGGUACAACAUCUGCAUACUCGACGUCAAAACGGCCGAAGCAAUGGGCGUGCAACCUCUCAUCCGCGCCGACGACUUCGACGUCCCCCUCCCCCUCAACACCGACGACACAUUCCUCGACGUGCCCUCCUCCUUCACAGCCCUCUCGGUCCGCGCAUGGACCGACACCACCUUCGCCCUCAUCCGCUUCGAAUGCAACGAGCUCCACCGCCUCAUCUUCCGCGGCUCCAUCGACGUCUCCCACAACGCCCUCACCCUCCACCAACUCAAAUCAAACGUCGAAGCCCACAAGGCCCGCAUCUCAAGCACCUACAUCCCCCUCCUCGACCCCCUUAUCCCCACCCACCGCUACGCCAGCCUCGUCCUCAAACUCCUCAUGGCCCGCUGCGACACUAUGCUCCUCUCCCGCCUCCUCCCCAAAACCGCCCGCUCCCCCUCCGAAUCCCGCCUCCGCGACAUCCUCAUCCCCCCCGCCCUCACCACCCUCGAAAUCGCCGCCACCCUCGAAACCCACCCGGACUACGCCCCCUUCGCCUGGUUCGCAGGCGCCUUCCAGCAAUACUCCGACAUCAUCUUCCUCCUCUGCGAAACCUACCGCAGCGGCUCGCCCCCUCUCCCAUCCACAUCCUCAUCCACACCCUCAUCCGCACCCUCAUCCACAUCCCAAUCCGCAAUCCCCCCGCAAGACCUCAAACGCAUCAGCACCCUCAUCUCCCACGUCUUCGGCCACUGCUACGCCCUCCCCCUCCACCAACGCAGCGGCAUCAUCCUACACGCCCUCAAAUCCGCCCUCGAGCGCUUCUCCGCCCUCCGCCGCGUCUCCUCCUCCUCCUCCACCUCCUCCCACCCGCACACCCCCACGCCCCUCCUCCAACAACAACAACCCCACAGCACCCCUCUCGCAACCCGUCUCGGCGGCAGUAGCGGGGAGAAUCUCUCCGUCCUCGACGACGGCCGUGCAGAUAGGGAUAUUAUGAUUCAGUGGGAUGACGCGGCGAGGCCGGGUGGUGGUGAGCUCGAGACGCUGCUUCGUGCGUAUCCUGAUGCGGGGUAUCGGCAUGGUGGUGUGGAUUUGAUGGGUGGUGGUGGUGCUGGUGGUGCUGGUGCUGGGGAGCCGAUGGAUGGGAUUUAUAUGCCUGGGACGGAUGGGACGGCGGCGGGGGAGUUUGGGGGUCAGACGCCGGGGGUGGAGUGGAUGGGGACGGGGACGCAGGGGAUGUGGCCUGGGCAGGGGGGGUUUGGGUAUGGGUCUUAG